ACCCAUCCACGGACGAAGAAUCUUCCUCGGUCUCGUCAGUGGAUGCUACCACUGGCAAGAGGAAGAGGAGAGGAAGGCCGGCCACGACCUACGCUGGCAUCGGGAAGAGGAAGAGGGAGGAGUGCCGGCGUGAAAUUAAAAAGUUAAAGGCCGAGCAGAGGGCGUUGGCGGAGGUCCUGAACCCCAAGGCCCUCCCCCGGGACACGACCCCGGAGAGGGAGACGGUGGCACAGCUGGAGGGUCUCAGCGGUGCACAGAUUGCGGCAGAGAUGUUGCAAAAUGUCAACAUCGUCGUAAAAGUGGCCGAAAGAUCCAAAAAUCUUAAGGGCACGUACGUAAAGGAGCUGAAGGCCUGCUCCAAAAAUCUCCGGGCGGCGGCCACCGUGGUUGCCAAGAAGACGGCGGGCUCCAGCGGUGGACGGACGAACGACGAGAACGAGAGGCUGAGAGAGAGGGUGAGAAGCCUCGAGGAGCAAUUGGAGAGGAUGGCGACUCUUCUCCAGGAGGAGAGGGAAACAAGGGCGAGGGUGGAGAGCACGAGGGCACUUGAAAGGACAGCGAUGGAGCUGCCAGAAGAGGACCCCUCCCAAGCCCGAGCCCAGAGCCCGGCAAGGUCAGAGGUGACCGAGAGACUGACGCGGGCCAAGGCCCUAGCCAGGCGAAAGGCCGCGAACCCGGAGAAACCGGUGCCGGUCCAAGCGGAGGAAGCCCCGGUAUACCGCCCAAAGAUCAAAGGGGCGAAGAAGAAGCUAGAGGAGCCGACACCCGAAGAGGCCAUGGAGGGUGUACGGAGGGUGCUGGAGGGGGUCUCACUGAAAGACGUAGCCAAGGGGAACCCACAGGAGGUGAGGCAAAAACUGGAGAACACCAUUACCAGAUGCCAGGGAGCCCGAGCCCGAAUCCCUCGGGGACAAGAAACGGGGCUCGCGAGGGGAGUACCGGUCAUCACCAAGAUGGAAGUGGUGAGGGACAUGGUGACAGCCAAGGCGAAGGACACGGCGGCGCAGAUCAUCAGGAGCAGGAAGGUGCCAAAGGAGAAGGCCCCCGCACCAUCGACCACCGAGUGGGUGGAGGUG